AUGAAGGAUCUUGGUUCUCUUACAUACUUCUUGGGGUUGGAAGUUCAAACUGAUCCAUUCGGAAUUUUUUUGAAUCAGCAUAAAUACACUCAGGAUUUGAUUGCUUUGGUUGGCCUUCAAGAUACUUCUUCUGUGGAUACUCCUCUGGAAGUUAGCCAGUUCAUGCAGGCUCCACAUCAUCUACAUUUAGCUGUUGUUCAUCGUAUUAUUCGAUAUCUUCGAGGAUCUCCUAGCCAUGGCCUAUUCUUCCCUACUGAGAGAGUUAUCUUCGCCUUGUGGCUUACAAGUAAGAAACAGGAUCGUGUUUCCAAAUCUUCCACCCAAUCCGAAUACCAUGCAAUGUUUGCUGCUUGUUCUGAGAUUCUAUGGCUUCAUGGUCUUCUUGUUAUGCUUGGUUGUGUUCUGUCCGAUCCUACUCCUCUCCAUACUGACAACAUUAGUGUCAUUCAGAUUGCCACAAAUCCUGUUUUUCAUUAA